AUGCGUGAAUGUAUCAGUAUACAUGUUGGACAGGCUGGAGUACAAAUGGGCAAUGCAUGCUGGGAAUUAUACUGUCUAGAACACGGUAUCCAACCUGAUGGUCAUAUGCCAAGCAAUAAAGAAACUGAACGAUCUGAUGAUGCCUUCAAUACAUUCUUCAGUGAAAUGAGUUCAGGAAAGCAUGUACCACGUGCUGUAUUCGUCGACUUAGAACCGAAUGUAGUCGAUGAAGUGAGAACUGGAUCAUAUAAACAACUAUUUCAUCCAGAACAAUUAAUCACAGGGAAAGAAGAUGCUGCUAACAAUUAUGCACGUGGUCAUUAUACAGUUGGCAAAGAAAUUAUUGAUCUAGUUAUGGAACGUAUUCGAAAAUCUGCUGAUCAGUGUACGGGGUUACAGGGUUUUUUGAUUUUUCAUUCAUUUGGUGGUGGUACAGGCUCAGGAUUUACAUCUUUACUAAUGGAAAGAUUAAGUGUAGAGUAUGGCAAGAGGUCGAAAUUAGAGUUUGCUGUGUAUCCAGCGCCUCAGAUAGCAACAGCUGUAGUUGAACCAUACAAUUCCAUUCUGACUACUCACACAACUCUAGAACAUUCUGAUUGUGCUUUCAUGGUGGAUAACGAAGCCAUAUAUGACAUAUGCAGAAAAAAUUUAGGAAUAGGUCAUCCAACGUACACAAACCUGAAUAGACUUAUUGCUCAGAUUGUCAGUUCAAUUACUGCUUCACUCCGUUUUGAUGGAGCUUUAAACGUUGACCUAACAGAAUUUCAGACAAAUUUAGUUCCCUAUCCUAGAAUACACUUUCCAUUAGCAACUUAUGCCCCAAUCAUUUCAGCAGACAAAGCAUAUCAUGAACAAAUGAGUGUUGCAGAGAUUACAAAUUCUUGUUUUGAAACAGGCAAUCAAAUGGUAAAGUGUGAUCCACGCACUGGUAAAUAUAUGGCUUGUUGCCUGUUGUAUCGUGGUGAUGUGGUUCCUAAAGACGUGAACGCAGCAAUUGCAAAUAUCAAGACUAAAAAGACAAUACAAUUUGUUGACUGGUGUCCAACAGGUUUUAAAGUUGGAAUCAACUAUCAGCCUCCGUUAACCGUACCCGGUGGAGAUUUAGCUAAAGUUCAAAGAGCAGUGUGUAUGUUGAGUAAUACAACGGCGAUUGCAGAAGCAUGGGCACGUUUAGACUGGAAAUUUGAUUUAAUGUAUGCAAAACGUGCUUUUGUUCAUUGGUAUGUUGGUGAGGGUAUGGAAGAAGGCGAAUUCAGUGAAGCACGUGAAGAUACAGCUGCUUUAGAAAAAGAUUACGCUGAGGUUGGAUGUGACACUGCUGUAGUCGACGAUGAAGAACAAGAAUUCUAAUGAUGUAUGUUAUUCAUGUUGUUAUUUAUACUUUGUUUUGUCUUCUUUAAAACUGUUAUUUUCCCUCUGUAUCUUCAGUUUUGCUGACAAUCACUUAAUCAAUACAUGAUCAAUACUCCAA